AUGUUGCAACAGUUGUUCGUCAAAAAGGGCAAAGAGGCACAAACACAGUUGGCCGCGGAAGAUCAAUUUUCUCAGUGGCGGGUAGCCGCCGUUAAGAAGAUCAGGGAGGGGAUCUCGAAGAUGCGUGUUACGCACUAUGACAGGAGGGCUUCAGUAUUUGUGGUGAAAGAGUUAAAUCCUUUCGAGGGUUGGUCUCAAGGUUCAUUCCGUAUUUGGUUGAGUGCAGGCACAUGUGAUUGUGAUCUCUUCCAAUCACUCAAUUUCUCAUGUCACCAUGCACUUGCCGCCUGUACUGCUACAAGUGUCGAGUGGGGGACAUAUAUUCAUCCGAUAAAGCAAGAGGUUAUGUUCAAGGUGUAUGAGGCGAAACUCCCACCGAUACUAGACAAGAAGCUGUGGCUGGAGUGGUACGGGACACUGUUGCAUCCUAAUCCAUCCAUACGCAGGGGAGCAACUGGGCGAUCAAUUUUCACAAGGUUUCGUAUUGAGAUGGAUAAAGGAAAGUGCCAAGAAAAAGCGAUAUGA